AUGCGGAAUCUGUGGAUAUUGUUAAUCUUUGCUAUGUUGGUGAGCUGCUUGGAGUUGUCAAUGGCACGUGGCGGAGGAGGAGGAGGCGGGGGUCACGGUGGAGGCGGUGGUCACGGUGGAGGCGGAGGUCAUGGCGGUGGCCACGGCUUUGGUGGAGGACGAGGAGGCGGCCAUGGCUUAGGAGGAGGACGGGGAGGCGGAAGACCAGGUGGCUUUGGAGGUGGACGACCUGGUUUUGGAGGAGGACGACCUGGCGGCUUUGGAGGCCCACCAAGAGGUGGCUUUGGACCACCACGAGGCGGCGGUUUUGGUUAUGGCGGCUACAGACCAUAUAGAUACGGUGGGAUUGGAGCCGGAGUGGUGCCUCUGCCCGUUCCAGUGCCUUAUCCAUGUAGACGUCCGUACCCCUAUGACUAUGACUAUUAUGACAGUUAUUAUUGCUAA